UUAAAAGAGACAAUAACGUUUUUAAGUACAAUUGCAUAUGUUAUUUGUUUAUUAUUGUUAAUACUGUUCUGUUUGUUUAAUUUUAUAUAAUAACGAUGGAUAAGGACACAAUUGAUGCAGCCAAAUCAAUUCCGACAUUUUACGCUGGACAAAGUAUAUUUUUGACAGGCGCGACAGGAUUUCUGGGUAAAGUACUCAUCGAAAAGAUACUGAGAUGUUGCCCGAAUAUUGGAGAAAUAUUUAUAUUAAUGCGCCCAAAAAAAGGACAGAGUCUUAAUGAAAGAGUCGAAAAAAUGUUAAACUUACCGUUAUAUGACAAAUUACGAGAGGAGCAACCUUCAAACAUUAGGAAAUUAAUUGCGAUUUCUGGCGAUAUCAGUCAAGAAAAUUUAGGCUUGUCGGCUGUCGAUAGACAAAUACUGAUUGAAAGAGUGACUAUAAUAAUUCAUAACGCUGCAAACGUGAAAUUUAACGACAGCUUAAAGUACGCCAUUCUUACUAAUAUCAGAUCAACAAGAGAUAUAUGUAUCUUGGCUGAAAAUGUGAAGAAUCUAAAAGCCCUAGUAUAUGUUAGCACUGCAUUUGCACAUUUGGAAAAUCCAUUUAUAAAAGAAAAGGUGUAUCCGCCUGUAACCGAUUGGCGAAAAUUCAUCAAAGUGGCCGAGUCAUUGGAUGAGCAUACCUUGAAUGUUUUUGCACAUAAAUGCUUGGAUAACAGUCCCAAUACAUAUAUAUUUUCGAAAAAGUUAGCGGAGAAUAUAAUACAGGAAUACUCCGCAGCCUUGCCUUGUGCAAUUGUGAGACCAUCUAUGGUGGUAGGGUCGCUGAAGGAUCCAAUUCCAGGAUGGAUAGACAAUUUUAAUGGUCCAAUAGGACUAUUAUGUUUUGGUAGCACAGGAUUAUUACGAUUAGUGUAUGGUAAUAACCAUAUACCACAAAAUAACGUACCAGUAGAUACUGUCAUCAAUACUAUAAUUCUCGUAAUUUGGAAGCUUGGAUUGACAACUUUAACACCAGAGUCCACAUGUUUUGUCGUGAAUUGUACUUUUCCUGAUGAAAACAAUAUAUCAUUACAAGAAUUGAUCACCAGAGGAAGUAAAAUCUUACGUGAGAUACCCUUCGAAAAAUGUUUCUGGACGUUUCAUCCUUUUAUUAUCGAAAGUGUAAUAAUGCAUUAUAUAUUGACAAUAUUGUUUCAUAUCAUACCAGCUAUAAUAUUAGAUUCAGUUUUAAAACUUUCAGGACGUCAACCCAUGAUACUGAAACUACAGAGAAAAGCAUAUGUAGUCAACCGUGUUUUGGGACAUUUUGCGUGUAACAAAUGGAAGUUUGAUGAUACAAAUAGUAAAUAUUUAAUGUCACUAAUACCACCUGAUAAUCGAGAAAUGUUCUCGAUCGAUCUGUCUGAUGUGGAUAUGACAAAGUAUAUGAGGAUUGGAACAAUAGGUGGGAAAAAAUAUCUUUUGCACGAAGACAUGAAUCGAUUGGAUGCAGCUAAAGCACGUCAAAAAAGAGUAUAUUUAUUCGUUACAACAUUUAAAACCAUCAUUGCUAUUGCUAUGCUUUGGAUGAUAUAUAAAUGGAUGCUUUUAGAAUAAAAAUACAAAAUAAAUAUAAAUAUAAAUUUUACAAUUUAUUAAACAUUGUAAAAAGAAAAAAAUUACUAAUUUAUAAAAAUAUAUAGUUAUAGAAUAUAAUUACAAUAUAAGUAUAAAUUAUACAAUUUUUUAGCACUUUAAAGAAAGAGAGAGAGAGAGAGAGAGAGAGAGAGACAGACAGACAGACAGACAGAGAGAGAGAUUGAUUUACAAAAAUUAGGCAAUUUUUGUAACUCAGUCUCUCUCUCUUUGUCUGUCUGUCUGUCUGUCUCUCUCUCUCUCUCUCUCUUCUUA